UUUGAGGCAUUUAGGAGCGACUCUACAUUAGAUCCUGGUGGACAGAGAAUUUCAGUUAUCCUUUUCCCAGAAGGGUUGAUUACACACAUUAUAAGAGCCAUGUUUCACAGCCAAGGACAACAUUUGAGGAAACUCCUGCCUUGUGUUUUGUUAUCAUUGAUCGUAGGCGUUAUGACGGAGCAGCGCAGCGUCAGCAGCAAAAGGGAGUGUUCUAAAGACGAAUACUGGAACAACGGGCUCUGCUGUGACAAAUGUGCUCCAGGGUAUAAAUUGAUAAGGAAAUGCGAUAGCAUCAUGGCAUCGCAAUGUGAGAAAUGUUCGGAAGGGACAUACCUAGAAAAGAUGAACUAUUUCCCAAACUGCUUCAGAUGCGAGAAAUGCACCAAGCGGCAUGCUGAGGUGAUUUCACCAUGUACACCCCAAAAAAACACAGUUUGUGGAUGUCAGCCUGGAUACUACAAAAGGGUCUUCGAUCAAAUUUCAUGGGAUUGUGUGCCCAAUAAAAGGACUGUUUCUGAAGCUAUUAGAGCUCUGCUACCCAAACCGAGCCCAAGCCCCAUGUUGGGUUCAGGUUCAGGUCGGGUCGGGUCGGGCUCGAGUUUGUAGCUAGAGUAAAAUAUGAAGUAUGCUGCUAUCACGGACACAAGUCAGGAGCGUAGGGGACAGGGGGGCAUGCAUUGGUGGAGUAAGGUGGUCAGGUCCCCCUAGGCUGCUCUUUGUGUGAGCCUCCACCUUAAUCAUUAUGUUUUUACUGGAGAAAUGUUAGUGCAAUUCAUGGUCCACACACAUAUAGAAAGGUGAACUGGCAUGCAAACACACACACACAAACACACACACACACACACACACACACACACACACUGAGACAGCCAGGGAAACCUUAGUUUUCCUUAUGAGAAUGCUACCCUGAAGUAUUGCUAAAGAUCACAGAUCUACCUCCAGCAUGAACAAAUACCUCUGACAGAAGUGGGAUUCUUUUUGGGGCAAGAUGAGUCCGGAUCCUAUGGGAACUAGGCUAUACUUUCCCAGUAUUUUCAGCUGAAUGUUUGAAGUUGCCUUAUUAAACACAAUGUAAUAUAUUUAAUAGGCCUAAAUUAGUUUUUAAAUUAUCAUCGUGGUCAAAAGUUGACUGAAAAUGUAUCGAAUAUGAUAAAAAAAAAAAGAAUUGUGAAGAACGUUUGUACAUAUGUCAAUCAUCUUUGUAAUACAUUGCAUUGUACAUAUAUAUUUUUUUUAAAU